CCCGCGCACAUCAAGAAUGGCAGACCUUGGCAGCAACGCGACGAGAAUCCUCCGCGUGAAGCUGAACAAAGCGACCAACCUCGUAGCCGCCGACUACCACAUUCCUGGCCUAGUUGAAGGAAAAAGCGACCCGUACGUGGUCCUCCGCAUCGGCGAUCAAAGGUUCAAGAGCACGUGCAUUUCGUCGACGUUGAAUCCUGUGUGGGGAUAUGAAGCGUUCGUGUUUCAUCUGACUGAGCGCGACAUGUACACAGCCGCACUGAUCGUGGAAGUAUACGACCAUGACUUGAUCAAAACGGACGACUUGAUCGGGACCACGUAUAUUGCGCUCGCCCAGUACGAAAUGGAGCAAGGAGGUGUUGUCGAGGCGGCGUGGCCGCUGGAUAUCCCGGACGGUUUUGCCAAACAGAACGUCGAGAGUGUUCUCCACGUGACCGUGGAGGUCCUGACUGCCGACGACAACCAAGAUCAGAUUGUCGAAUCCAUGCUCGAGACUCAAUCGUGGUCAAUACUCCAAGGCUGGCGGCAUCUGUCCAAGGAGUACACGUCGCAACCAGUGAUUCCCCAGGGAUUUGAGUCGGCGUUGGGGUGGGUCGUCACGUUGCAUCCGUACAGCGGUCCAGACAUCAUCGAUGACCUCGACAUGGACGGAUGGUUCUAUGCGUCGUCACUCAAAGGCCCGUGGUACAAAAGUACCAAGAACCAUCCAACGGCCGUGUACCGCAAACGAGAGUGGACACGGUCAUACACGAAGGCCCGCGCCGCCUCCCAGUACCAAACCAAGGAGCAGGACGACACCAUCGACGCAAUCCUGCAACGGUAUGGGCUCUCCGACGAAUCCACGUCCAUGAAGAAGAAGCGAUCAUAACGCCCUCGUGAAUUGGUUGUUUCCGUCGUCCAUACUAGGUAAGAGGGUCGGUAGAGUAGGUUUGCGUUGCUCAGCAACGUUUCAGUGGGGCUCGUCAUGAUGGAGCAACUGCAAGUGGAGUUGGUAGAUCGUGUUCGAGAGUUGCCGAACGAAUUGGCAAGUGAAACACCGUUGUUGCAAUCUUGACCCUGGUGGUUGUGGCCGUUGCCCAGCAACGAAAAUUCAAAUUUUGACUAUUUCCUCUCCAUGUGGCGAAUGCAUAGCCGUUGCACAGCAACGCUAAACUAGCAAAUGCUGUGCGCAGUGUCAAAUGCAUGGCCGUUGCUCAGCAACAAAUUGUAACUUGAAGCAACGAAAUGUUG